CCAGGAGCCGAGAGCCGCAGGAGGGGAAGGAGGCAGCGGCGGAGCCCGAGAAGCCGGACGGAGACGCCGCGCAGAAGAGCCGCGGGCGCCCCGGUGGGGGGAGGAGAGAGAGAGAGAGGAAGGCAAGAAGGAGCCGCGUCCCCAUAACUGACUGAUCUAUGAAAUGGCAGAAAAUGGAACAGAUUGUGACCAGAGGCGCAUAGCAAUGAACAAAGAACAGCACAAUGGGAACUUUACAGAGCCCUCUUCGUCAAAUGGACAGAAGCAAAAAGAACGGUAAGAGCGGCAGAGUAUUGUCCUCUGGAGGAAGCCUCUCAUUACCUUGCAGUAUUUUUUUCUGGAAGCACUAUUAAACUUGAAAGAAUGGACCAUAAAAUUGUGGCACCGCCGAAGUAUCGUGGUGUCUCUUUUAGUGCUACUUGUGGUUCUCACAUCUGCGUAUUAUAUUGAAGGAGCGCAUCAACAGUAUGUGCGGUACAUGGAGAAAAAAUUCUUAUGGUGUGCCUACUGGGUAGGCUUAGGCAUUCUGUCCUCGGUUGGACUUGGAACAGGUCUCCAUACCUUUCUGCUCUAUUUGGGUCCACACAUAGCUUCAGUGACUCUUGCCGCGUAUGAAUGUAACUCUGUGGACUUCCCUGAGCCACCCUACCCCGACCAAAUAAUCUGCCCUGAUGUGGAGGGGGUUGAAGGAUCAAUUUCGUUAUGGACCAUCAUCUCCAAAGUCAGGCUGGAGGCCUGCAUGUGGGGUGCCGGUACGGCUAUUGGGGAGCUGCCUCCGUACUUCAUGGCCAGAGCAGCCCGCCUCUCUGGAGCAGAGCCCGACGAUGAGGAGUACCAGGAAUUUGAAGAGAUGCUGGAGCAGGCGCAGGCUGCACAAGACUUCGCCUCCCGUGCUAAGCUGGCGGUCCAGAACCUUGUGCAGAAAGUUGGGUUUUUUGGCAUCCUGGCGUGUGCUUCGAUUCCAAACCCUCUGUUUGAUCUGGCGGGGAUCACGUGCGGUCACUUCCUGGUACCCUUCUGGACUUUCUUUGGUGCCACCCUGAUUGGAAAAGCAAUAAUCAAGAUGCACAUCCAGAAACUUUUUGUGAUUAUAACGUUCAGCAAACAUAUAGUGGAACAGAUGGUGUCUCUAAUUGGCGCCGUCCCGAGCGUAGGUCCCUCUCUGCAGAAGCCCUUCCAAGAAUAUUUGGAAGCCCAGCGGAUGAAGCUCCACCACAAGGCGGAUGGAGGACCCCAGGGCGAAAACUGGCUCUCGUGGACGUUUGAGAAACUGGUCAUUGUGAUGGUGUGCUAUUUCAUCCUGUCGAUCAUUAACUCCAUGGCUCAAAGUUACGCCAAGCGACUCCAGCAGUUCAUGCCCUCUGAGGAGAAAACCAAAUGAGCCGCGGAGGCAAAGGGAGGGGAGGGGUGAGCCCCUGACUUAAUUGGACGUCCGGCUCCACUUCACCCUUUAAAAACAAACCCAAACAACCAAGAACAACGGGCAUUCUUUGAGAAAAGGGGGUGGGAGGGGGCACUCGGCAAUCAUCCCAGCUCUUCUCGCAGGCAAUUCUUUUAAAAAAUAAUUCUGCCGUUAUUAAACCAUCCACCUUGACUGACAUUCGCCUGCUCAAGGUAACGUACGCGCUUUCCUUUGAAUUUCGUCCAGGUUGAAACAUGAACAAGGGGAUGCUUAAGCUCUUCUUUUUAAUAUAGUUGCUGUUUACUCCAGGGACUUCCAAAAUCACUGAUUUUUUAACAGUGUGGGACUUUUCCUUAACAACUGACAUGCCGCAAAGCUUAACCUUGAAGGUCGGCAUUUCCAUCCUUUCUCCUGGACGUCCCAGUCCAGCGAAAUCUUACAUCAAAAUAGUCUUAGAUGGGCUCCCCGGUGCGCAUGUCCCUCCGUAGUAACACUUUAAAAUCUGAUCUCGGUUUCUGACCAUCUCAUUUGUGUUCAUUUUCUGGGGGGUGGGGGAAGCGGGGGGACGGGACAAUGGGACAUUUUUAAACUUCAUAAGGGUUGUGAGCAGAGAGACAGGGGGGUGUCAAACUGCUGUCUUUUUAAAAAAUCCUGUAUAUUUAGAAUGAAGUUAAGACGAUAAAAUUUAUAAAAUCAACUUGGAUCAUUCCAGACCUUUUUGUCUUGGUCUUUCAAAGCACCCCCCACCCACCCCCAGUCUCCUGUCUCUUCUUGUGUUCUAGUCUUGCCGGUGGUUUCUUUGCAAACUCUUAUUCCCCACUGUGAGCGAGUGCUUUCGGUAACCCUUCAGGCGUUCUUGAAUUUUCCCCAAAAACGUCCUGCUUAGCCGAAGGAGGCAGAAAGCACGGACCUUGAAACGGCUCAGUUAAUUUUAUUUAACUGAAAACCAGUAGCGUGUCUAUGUGUGUGUGCGUGUGUGUCUGUUUUUAACGGGUUAAUUCUUACGAUGUUUGCACAGCAUCGUUAGGAGAUGCCAAGAAGAUGCUUUUGUCUGGUGCAGGAAAGGUAAAAGGAAUAAACAGCAUUGAAAUAUAUCUUUAAGAUGCCUUUUUUUUUACCUUGAUAUAAAGCAGCAUAUUUCUAGGUUGUGUGCGUGUGUGUGUUUUUUACAAUUUGUCCGUUCCUUUCCAACUGCUCCUUUUCUAUAAGGAGACAGUUCUGAUAGUUUCCCAGAAUGCCGCUGGAAUGCACCUCCAAGUAGUAGUAUGUCCUUCAGCACUGUUUUGGGGAGUGCAUUGACUGCUCGC